UCCAGGAUCAAGAUAUCGAAUAGACUUAUACAUUCGUCUGUGUUCGGCCAGUAAAGUCACCAUGGCUCCUAAGAAGGUUGAAGCUGUCGCGAACAAUGUCGUUGCUUUCGGAAGGGUUCGCAAGAACCUGAAGAUGGGAUGCGUUGGCCUGCCCAAUGUGGGAAAGUCAAGUCUGUUCAAUCUCUUGACCGACCAGAGCGCCGCCGCAGAGAACUACCCGUUUUGUACCAUCGAGCCCAACGAGGCGAGAUGUGCUGUUCCCGACGCUCGAUAUGACUUUCUCUGUGACCUCUGGAAGCCCCCGUCCAUGUACCCGGCGUUUCUGCAGGUCACCGACAUUGCUGGCCUGAUCAAGGGUGCUUCUCAAGGAGAGGGACUUGGAAAUGCCUUCCUGUCUCAUAUCCAGGCGGUUGAUGGCAUGUUCCACAUUGUCAGAGCAUUCGACAACGAUGAAGUCUUGCAUGUCGAUGACUCGAUCGAUCCCGUCCGGGACUUGAACACCAUCCAAAGCGAGCUUUGCAAGAAAGAUCUCGAUAUCCUGCGGAAGCAAAUCAUUGCUGAGGAAUUGAUCGUCAAGAAGGCAGGUGGCAAAUACAAGAUGCUGCCUCUUUUCACAGAGACAACGACAAAGAUCCAAGCAAUGCUGGAGAAAGAUCAGCCAGUCAGAGAUGGAAGCUGGACACCGGCCGAGAUUGCACUCAUCAACGAGAAGAUCCAGCUGAUCACGACGAAGCCAACCAUCUACCUUGUCAACUUGACCAUGAAGGAUUACCUCAGACAGAAGAGCAAGUACCUGCCGCUCAUCGCCAAGUGGGUCACCGAGCACGGAGGUGUUCCCCGAGACAUUGUUCCCUUCUCUAUUGAGUUUGAAGAGAAGCUUUACAGCAUGAAGGAUGAUCCGGCUGCACAAGCCGAGUUCCUCAAGGAGAGCAAAGUCAAGUCAAAACUGGACAAGAUCAUCACUGAGGGAUUCACCAAGCUUGGCUUGCAAUACUACUUCACCGCUGGUGAGAAGGAAAUCAGAUGCUGGACUAUCCCAAGGGGUUGCCUGGCACCACAAGCUGCUGGAGCUAUCCACGGCGAUUUUGAGAAGGGAUUCAUCAAGGCUGAAGUGGUGGCGUACCAAGACUUCCACGAUCUUUGCGAAGGCGGCAAGUCCAUGGGCCCGAUCAAGGCUGCUGGAAAAUACCGACAAGAAGGAAAGACUUAUGUUGUCCAAGAUGGAGACAUCAUCCACUUCCAAUUCAACGUUUCAAACAACAAGAAAUAGACUUGUUGUGUCGAGACCGGCUGAUAUGGAAGUUCGGAUAAGGUGUCGCCGUUCCUGUAUUUCAUUGACUAGAGACCACUUUCAACAAUUGGUCCAUUCAGUUCGGGAUAAAGAGGGGAUUGGGACCGAUAAGAUCAGUCAGGAAGUUAGAAACAUCAUGACCUUAGACAAUGAAUUUGAGAACUAAAUCAGAUCGCUUUUCAGUCAAUCUUAAAGGUCUAAACACAACAACUCGGCUAGAACAAUCAGCAUUCAAGUUUUUGCGCAUACGUUAUAGCUUUUUUGGCGUUUUUUUUGGCUCCAGCCACAGCGCUCUAAGCCUCAAGCUGCUACAGCAGCUACAGCACUUUAAGAUUCCAGCAGCUAUAGUAAUUAAAUAAAA